GGACUCAACGCUCUGCCCUUUGAUCCAGCAAGUAACAACGACCCUCUCCACUUCAGCAGUUCCAGUGGGCCACUGGUAACCGAGUGUCCUCCUCUGGAAAACACUGCUGAUAAUACCAAGAAGAGGAAGAGAGCCAGUCUGCCUCCAGAAGGAAUCUGUAACAUGACAAUGGACUCGAAUUCGAUGACAAUGCCCAUGUCGGACCCCAACGCCUGGGCGACAGCCAUGAACAACCUGGGGAUGCCUCCCAUUGGGAUCACUGGACAGCAACUCAUGCCAGAUUUUGAUCCCAACCUUGGUAUGAUGGCUGGCAUUACCCCACUGAAUCCCAUGAUGCCUGGACUCGGUAUGGUGCCUGCACCGCUCUCCCAGGAUGUGCCUGUUAUCAAGGAGAUCAUCCACUGCAAGAGCUGCACUCUGUUCCCCCCCAACCCCAACCUUCCCCCUCCAGCUACGAGAGACCGCCCUCCAGGGUGUAAGACAGUGUUUGUUGGCGGUCUGCCAGAGAACGCCACAGAGCAACUCAUCAUGGAGGUCUUCGGACAGUGUGGCGAUAUCACCGCCAUACGCAAAAGCAAGAAAAACUUCUGCCAUAUCAGAUUUGCUGAAGAGUUUACUGUAGACAAGGCUCUCUUCCUGUCGGGUUAUCGUGUCCGCUUGGGCUCCAGCACAGACAAAAAAGACACUGGCCGGCUACACGUGGACUUCGCCCAGGCCAGAGACGACCUCUAUGAGUGGGAGUGUCGCCAGCGCAUGUUGGCCAGAGAGGAGAGGCACCGGCGCAAGAUGGAGGAGGAUCGCCUCCGGCCGCCCUCCCCUCCUCCCAUCGUCCACUACUCCGAACACGAGUGCAGCCAGCUGGGAGACAAGAUCAAAGACGACGGUAAGUUUGCUGAAGCGGUGCGUGUGCUCUUGACGUGGCUGGAACGAGGCGAAGUCAAUCGCAGGAACGCCAACAACUUCUACUCUAUGAUCCAAUCCUCCAACGGCCACAUCCGCCGGCUUACAGGCGAGAAGAGUCAGCAUGAGAAGGAGAUGGAAGAGGCCAAAGACAAGUUCAAGACCGCUCUGGCCGGCAUAGUGGCUCAAUUUGAACAGAUUGUGUCUGUAUUCCAAGCUGCUUCCAAACAAAAGGCAUGGGACCAUUUCUCCAAAGCUCAGCGCAAGAACCUGGACAUGUGGCGCAAACAAGCAGAGGAGAUUAGAAACAUGCACAGCGAGCAGCUGAUGGGCAUCAGGCGAGAGGAGGAGAUGGAGAUGUCUGAUGAUGACAUGGAGGACGUCCCUGACAGCAAGGACUCUGAGGACUCAGGUGUUUCCCAAGCAGAAGCCUUAAAGGAGGAGAAUGACUCCCUGCGCUGCCAGCUGGACGCCUACAGGAACGAGGUGGAGCUGCUCAAACAGGAACAAGGCAAGAACCAACCAAUCAGGAGUGAGGAGGACAACACUCACUCCCAGCAGCUCAGCUUCCUGCAGCAGGCUCUGCAGGGCAUGCAGAAGCAACUGUUAAAAAUGAGGGAAGAAUUAAAACAGCGGGAGGCGGAACUGGAGAAGAGUUUGGAGGACAAACAGCAGCUGAAGAACCAAGUCCAGAAUCUGAAGGAAGGACUACAGAACCUGCAAAACACACAUGCAAUGCAGCUGGAGAUGUCGAAGCAAGAUGACAGAGGCACAGAGGAGAGCGCUAAUCAAACCAGUGAAGCCACUGCAUCAACAGUGGUAUCUUGCAGUCAGGAGAAGGAAGGUCCUACAGAGAAGAAUCCACCAAGUCCCAUCCAAUCUGAGAGGGAAGCUCUGCUAGUUGGGAUCAUUUCGACGUUCCUGCACGUCCACCCAUUUGGAGCCAGCAUCGAGUACAUCUGUUCCUACCUGCAGCGUUUGGACACUAAGAUUAACCCCAGCGAGGUGGAGGCUCUUCUUUCUCGGCUGCCGUGCACCUUCAGACAGGAGCUGACUGGUGUCGGAGCCAGUUUAGAGAAACGCUGGAACUUCUGCGGCUUCCAGGGCAUCAAGAGCACAUAGAAUCUGCUGGUGAGACCUCUAGGACAUGGAAGAGACGACAGGCAAACGAGGCCACAUGAGGGACUGUGCAGAGGUGUGAAAGACACAGUAUAAAGCCCACCAAAAUCAAAGACGGUGGACUGUACAAGGACACAGAAGACUGAGCACAGAUCCCAGAUCAGGAGGGAAUGUUACAUGAGCAUUUCAGGGACUCUGUAAGUGGCCGAGACGUUAGAAAUGCAACAAUUCCAUGGUUAACAGAUAAAGACUCUCUCUGACAUUCACAUAAGAGCACCAAUUCCUACAAUCACUGGAUUAUUAUGUAGUUAUCGCCCACAAGGGCAGGGCAUUGUGCUUUCCGAGUUCGGCUCUGUAUGGUGUCAGUGUGGGCCAGGACUACAGGGCUAACCAAGGAGGCUAAUCAGGGUCUAACUGAACACUUCAAACCUCCAAACCCUUUGGCCUCCCUCUCUUCUCUUUUUUGCUGUUCCUGGUUUGUAAGAUGGAUCAAAAAUGGAUAUAUUUCUUCAUUUUCUGUAAAGGCUGUGAACAGUUGCAUAGAAUCAUUUGUUGUAAUACACUGUAAAUGCUUGGAUGAUAUUUUUGAUUAUAAAAAGAAGUUUUUGAGUAUA